AUGACAAAACUUGUACUGUCCGACCGACUUGCGAGAUGGUACCUUCAAUUUCAACAAUUUAAAAUUCUUUAUGGAGCUGCGAAGGCUAUCAAAGGACAAGUAUUGGCAGACUUUCUGGCUGAUUAUCCCAUGCCUGCCGAAUGGGAGUUGAUUGAUGAACUCCUCGAUGAGGAAGUGUUUAUGAUCGAAUCUUCGUGGUCGAUGUAUUUCGAUGGAGCUACUCACCAUGAUGGAACUGGUGUAGGAGUUAUCUUUUAUACCCCUCAAGCAAACAUAUUACUGUACUCUUUCACUUUAACACGUCAAUGUUCAAACAAUGUGGCCGAAUAUCAGGCGUUAAUUCUCGGUUUUGAAAUAGCUGUAGACAUGAAGCAGUUGCAUCUUAGGGUCUAUGGGGAUUCUAAAUUAGUGAUAAAUCAAUUUCUUGGUAUUUACGAUGUUAAGAAACUUGAAUUGAUCCCAUAUUAUAAGUGUGCAAGACAGCUCAUGGGAUAUUUAGACAAUGUCACUAUAGAACAUAUCUCUAGAAAAUUCAGUCAACAAGCUGACUCUUUGGCAAGGUUGGCAUCCAUGAUCACUCUGUCUUCUCAUCGAAAUCAAAUGUCAAUAUGUCAAAAUUGGGUCAUACCUCCAAUGUUCAAUGAAGAAGACAAUGGUGGGGAAGAGAAUGCUUAUCAUAUUUUCGUCCAUGAAAUUGAAAAUGAGGAUUGGCGCCAUUUCAUCAUUGAUUACCUUAAUCAUGGAAAGUUACCAGAAGAUCCCAAGUAA